UUUAGUAUCCUGGGGAUAAUAACGAAACGAAUCAUUCUCGCAUAAAGAAAUGCAUCAUAAAUCGGAUAGUUGAAGGACUUCCUAUAAUCCUGAAUGUUCGUUGACCUCUCGUAGAGAUACAGUGAAAACGACUGCUCUUUCGUAGCACGUGCCAGCUAACGCGGCAUCUCCCUAUGUACGGUUUACCGAUCGAUAAAAAGAAUUUCAGAAGCGCUUCGUAUUUCUGAAACGUAGAGCUCUUUCACGUUCGUUUUUGACACUUACUGAUCCAAUCGAUAUAAUUUCGUACAUUGACGAUACUUUCUUUUUUUUUUUUUUUUCUUCUAUCUAAAAACUACUACUGGAAUAUAAGAUUCAAAUAUCGAAUACAAGAUUCGCAAUAUCUCUUUUUCAAUGAAUAUUUUGUCGUAAUAAAAAUCCUAGAUGUAUCCAUAUAAUAUCCUUCUGUUCUUCUGUGAAGAAAAAAUGACCACAAUCAUUUUUAUUACGCGAAUCCCUCGAACAAUUUAAUUUGAGAAAAGAUCACGUCAUCGAUCAGUUCGAGUUUCUUGAUUCUUUUGCACGUUUCAGCAUUUUGUAUGUUCAAUACUAGAUCCUCAACAAUUUCGAAUCAAUCUAUUUUCGUCUAUGAAAAAUACUCGUAUUCCUUUCCCGAUCUUCUCUUUCUCAGUUGCGAGAAUAGAGAAAGAGAAUACUUAAUUGCAGAGAGGGCACGUUGCUCGCAAUUGAAUUUAUCCUUUUAUUAUCUCUCCGUUAUUUAGAAAUCGUGGCGAUUCGUUAUCAAUUCGUCACGAUUUCGGCUCGCAUUGGAUUCAUCCAUCUUUGAGCUUGAUGUUCGAGGGAAAGGAAGGAAAAGAAGAAAAGAUACAAAUAUCUUUUCGCGCUUCUCCAGGCCCGUAAGACGAUACGCGCGCGCGACACCGAGCCAACCAACGAAGCCGAUAGUUUUCAAUUUCUGCGGUGCAGGCGCUUCGUAGGCAAAGACGAGGAGAGAGUCAAGGAUGGUUUAUGGGUCGGUGAUUCGCUUACCCCGGCAACCCACCAAGCUUUUAUGCAUGCCGAUGUAUGUACAUUUUAUAUUCUCCGGCUCCGUUUCUGCCCGUAAAGCCUCGUUUCCAACGGCGCGCAACGUUUCGUCGGUGAAUGCGCCCCGAAACCUCGAAAAAGGGUCGAUUUUAAUAGGAUGUCGGCCACGAAGAGGGGCCGGUCGGUUCACUUUGCCCACCCGUUGUCGAAAAGACCGUGAAAGGAAGUGGAGGAACGCGUUUGAAGACAAAUAAACGCGGCUGCUUCUGUGCCGGAUGCGCGCGGCAUUUAAAGGGGGCACGAGCGUAAAAGCGGUUGAUUCGAAGAGGGUAUAAAAUUCGUUUCUUGUUCCUUUGGAUUAAUUCUGCGUACGUGCUCGACACCUCGUCGCGGGUACUUAUUUUCGGUGCGUUUAAUAUGGAAAAUUAGAGGUUAGGAUUUUUCCAUAUUCCGUACUUACACGGAACGGAUAUUUUAUUCAUGUUUCCACGUCAUGUUUUCCGCCAACUUUUCAUAUUUUCAACGUCUUUCGUUGCUCUCUGAUAUUCGUAUAAACUCGAUCAUGAUAAUGGAAGCGUAGCCCGAAGGCGUACGUACACGUUUGAAUAUCGUACAAUUGCGUUUAACGUUGAAGCAAAAGGGGGGAAAACAUUUGAUCCGAGUAAUUCCGUGCAAUUCGAAAUAAUUAAUUUACAUUUGUAUAUUUCGUAGUCAUGUGUUAGGUAUCUACUUAAUUAAUAGCGCGAUAGUGUUUGAUAAAGCGGGAAAUAUUUGAUAAAGUGAGAAAAUUUUUCGAGAUAUAUAACCCUUAAAUAUAAAUAAUCUCUCUUCUCCUCUCUUCCACCGGUCGCAUGCAUAUUUUUAAUUUAUUUCCUCGGUUUAAUUCCCGCAUGUACGAGCACGCGGCUCAUUUAUGGACGACGCUUUGCUGUGGCUUCUAGCCAGUAAAUUCGUAGGAGGUUGGUGUGCGUGCAGGUAAGCGUGAUGUAUGCGAAACGGAGACGAUAUAGGACGAAAGGGGAGACAACGUGACUGAUAAUGAGAGUAAUGAAUAGGAAGUGGGCCGAAAGCUUAUGUACUUACACUUCUCGUGGGGAUGUGCUCGCCGUUUUGCGGAAACCGGCUAUUUAAUCACGUCUCGUGGUUCUCUUGCCAUGCCGGCUAUCGAUGCUCUAAACAAUAUCUCAUGUUUCUUUUUUUUCUCAAAAACCAUUAUUCCAUUAAUUUUUAAGAUUCACUUCAAAUAAUUGUUCCACGAUGUACUUCCACGCGUCAUCGAAUUGCGAAUUAAACGAUCCGAUAAAAGUUUCGCAUUUGAUUAGAAGUUAAAUGGGUUAAAAGGUGCCUCUGUCAACGCGUUAAAUAUUUUCAAUUAUUCAAAUAUCGUUGGGAGAAUGGGUUAUCUUCUUUUUACUCCAAUUUCGCUCCCAUUAAGCGCGAUGAACUUCGAAUAGAGAUAGGAAAAAAAGGUUUGGCCGUGCCAAAAAAGAGGAGAUAGCGGGAGGAGACGCGUUUACGAUCGAUAAGAGGGCAAAGGUCGAACAAUCGCGUGCAAGUUCGAUGGCAAUCACCGAUAAUGAAUCCGCCCAGACACUGUAGACAAUGCUCAGGAUUAAAAUAUACCGGAAGGCGAAGGGUAGUGUAUAGGGCAACGUUAAAUUGGAUUCUGGUAGUAGCUUUAGAAAUACCUAUUCGCAGCUGCACCUGCACGCCGUCUGGGGAAGUUCCGCCGAAACAAUUCGGUGGCUUCCGGUUGGUAUACAUAGAGUUGGUAGAUAUUUCACGGUAUUGGUUUCUGUCAUGAAACCGUUGACUCAGGCUAGGAUCGUUAACGUUAGUUCGCAUGGACUAUGCCUUUCGGAUUUUCUCAUUGUUUCAACGUUCUAUUUCCUCUCACUUCCCUUCGUAUAAAGUUAUCAGACAUUAUCCUUUGAAACGAUGAUGCCUUCUAUGUCCUGAUUUUAAUGCAACCAACCCGGUAUCCGUAUAAUCCUAAUAUUUCCUAAUAAUUUAUUUUUGAUGAACGAAACGUCGAUGAAUAGAAUUCGAAGCGACACGUCUUCCUCAUUUCUGGUUUAAUAAACAAAUUUCGCCGGGUGAAAAGAAGUAAACUUUAUAUAUCUACUAUAUGCAUAUCAUAUGCAUAUCAUAAUGAAUCGUACGAACAGAACGCACAUACAAAUCUUCGCGUGACGAAGAUUCUAUUUUAGUUUGCAAGAAAAUUAAUAUUUUCCAUAUUCUCGAUGUAUACUCGUGCGAACCACACAUCGGUACAAAUCACUUCGAAUAAAGAAUGAGUUCCGGGGAUAUCGCCAUAUUCGAGAUCGUAUUGUAUUUUUAAAAAUGUAAUGUUCGCUCGAAGCGAACGAAUGAAACGAUAAAGCAUAUACGUACAACAUUGCUAAUUGAUCAUUGAAAUGUUAAACGGAAUCUCGUGCGUCAUGAAUUAAUCCUUCCGAGAAUAAUUCAUUUCCGUUGUUCCGUCCAACUUUUAUUUCGCCCGGUUUAACGAAAAUACAGUUUAACCAAUAUUAAAUUAUAUCGAUACACACUCGAGCGCGAUUUACCUCCAUUGAGUCAAGUUCACGCUCUCUUACUACAAUCCUUAGGAAUUCUCGAUCGAGGAAAUCGGUUAUGAUUUGAUCGAUACUUGCCCGAUUUACGCGUAACUCGUCUAAUCGCGAAAUUAUAAUCGAGUUUUGUAAUUUAAUUGCAUGGUAAUUUUCGUGCUUGCUAGAUUGUUCCUCGUGAUAUCCUCGUGGUUUAUCCUUCCUCUGCGGUCCCAAUUGAUCCGAUCCACUGUGAUUUCAUUUUACACCAGUCGAUGCAGCGAUCGAACAUUGCACACCGGUGGGUUUCGUCGUAUACUGGUCGGUAUCAGUCACAGCUCUUCUAUCUUUGGAUAUAUCUUACUAAUUAACGUGAAAGCGGAUGCGAGCAAUAGCUAACUUGCCAGGUUAACAUUGUUCGGCUUAUACAUUGGCGUGGUGCAUAAAUCAUUUGGAGCUUAACCAAAACACAAUGGCUCAAUAAGAACGUUAUGGAAUUUCGUAAUGGGUCUUCUAUACCUAUCGCCGAUAAAUUGAAACAAAUAUCUAUUAAAAAUUUAUCGUGUAUAUCGUUAUAAAAAAGAAACAGAAAACGAAUUCUUUUUCUUUCGUACGUGAUGAUUAAACAUGGACAUUUUUUUUUUAAUUUUUGCACGAUUAACGCAAUAUAUAAAUAAUGAAUUGAUAAAUAGUUUACGAGGUAGUAUCAUCUUCAUUUGAUAACAUUUCACUGAUUGGUAAUAACGAGUUUUGUUCGUUACGUCGAAAUGUUUGGAAAUAGGUAAAAUGAAACGCGUUCGACGAUCGCUAGAUUCGAUGAUGAGGAAAGAAAUUGAUAGCAAUUAUUCACAAUUAAUAUACGGUGUUCAUCGUCGAGAAGUAUAAAUUGAUAAAAUUAUUCGUAUCGUAGGUAUCAUACGUGCCGCGUUAUGGUCAUAAAGCUAAUUGUGUCCUGGGGAAUGUGCAUACAAAUGGAGAUUCACAGUAAUGAAUUUCAAUAAUUAACAAAUCAUUUUGUCCAAGAUUCCUCGACUGUUGCAUUCGUGUUCUCGACGAGGAUCGAAUUUCGCGAAGAAUGAUAUAUCUUUUUAUUGCCUCUUACCGAAAUUUUAUUAUCUUCAAAUUGUUCAUCGCGUUAAAUUCAAAAGGAUGGAUUAAAAUCCGGAUGGGAAAAGGAAAAAGCGUUAUUAGCUCGCCAAUAUUAAAGAGUUAAACGAUGCUUAAGUCUUGGCUUUAACGAGCGAUUCUGUUGCCAGCUGAUAUCCGAUAGAUCGGAUCUGGCGAUCACAUUGACUGUUGUUGUGAUGUCGCGUGAUAUCGAUUCGAAAUGUAUGUCGAAAUCGCACGUCUGUCUUUGGAAUUAUGCCGUCUACGCUCGCAUAUAGAGAUGCCAUUCUUAAUCGUUUCAAAUUGACUUAAAUAUCAAAAAUUUAAAUACAAUUUGAAAGUUUACGAGUUUCGUUUCUGUUUGAUAAAUUGAUACUGGAACUGAUAAAGCAGAUGAAGAGAGUUUUUCGAAAACUCGCGUGUUAAUGGCUCUUUAUUUAAAUAUAUACGUAUCGAUACGAUUCAGUUGUGAAAACGACGAAUAUGAUAUAAUAUUGAAAGAUACACGUUCCCGUGCAAUUACGUAUGCGUUAUUACGCAAGUUAUAUUCGAGCAAAUAUUGAUUCGCGUACGCAUAUUUAUACAAUAUUCUAAUAGCUAGCGGAAAUUUUAUACGUCGCAUUUAUUAGAGACUAAAUUCUACCUGAUUCUCGAUUCUGACGUAAUUCUCACUUUAACAUUCGUAGAAACUUGAGAAUAUAUCGCAACUCGAAGAUAGUUUUACGUUACUUUUAAAAAUUGCAGAAAUUCUUCAUUUUGAACGUCUCUUCUAAAUUUUGGCUGGGAAGAUCGAUUGAUAUAUUUUAGAUAUUAUCGAGAUAAUAUUAUCGCAAUCGAAACGACGUUGAUAUUUAAUGGGUAGUAUUUACAAAAAAAGAAAAAAGGAAAAACUUAAAUAGAAUGGAUCUCGUUAUUUUUCAAACAACCUUAGUAUACGUGUGUGUAAAACACUCGAACGAACACGCGUCUAUAAAUGUUGUCUGCAUGUGGGGCACACGGAGGGACGUUCACACGCGUGGGUAUAUCUUUACAGUGGAUACACAGUGUGUAACAAACUUGUUCACACACAGCAAUGGACGCUUACCAUCACACAGAGAGACGAUACGUAUAGACACGAUUCUUCUAAUGUGGGCCGUCGCCGAGAAUGUUAAAUUUAGGGUAUGUUCGAGCAGUCGAUUCUCGAAUGGUGCCCACGCACGUCGCAGGUGCUUUUAUCGAAAGUUCGAUUCAGCUUUUCGCUGAAAUCAAAGUUUUCGAGCGUCGUUUUCCCGUGUUUUGUUCCGGUCAGCCCUUUUCUUUUCUUUUUCUUCUUUUUUUCGUCGAAUCGCCGCCGCAGAUCUCCGAGUGCAAACUCGCGAAAAACGCGACCUGUUCACAAACAAUUUCGCGUGUCACGUGUCGUUGAACCGCCACCACGUGUAGUAGAGGCGUGACAAUACAAAUAAAUAGGAAGCAUGCUGGCAAAAUGCCAGCACGCGCCAUUAUGGAUUCUGAAAUUGGAAAUAUAUAUCCCAAUCGCGGUAAAUAAUCGAGAAUCAUGGAAUGAUCAUUCGCAGAUGGCGAGAAAGUUGGAAUAGAAAGCAGCAACGGUUCACUGUAGAACAAUUAUAAUCGUGAGAGGCAUAGGUAAAGAAAUGAUAAGUUAAAAAUUGGAGUUGUAAUGGAAAAUUUGUGAUUCAAAAGAAGAUCCAGAGGAGAAGAUACAGAGGAUUAAGAUUCGUUUAAGAAUUAAGAUUUCGUUCAAGAGAGAAGCACGACGAGAUAUAUUGUCAGAAAAGAAAUUAGAACUUAUUAUAGUUAUUGGCAGUAUAGAAAUAAAUCGAGGAAGCAUUGGAUGGAUAUAUAUGUGAUGACGUAACAUGAGUACUGCGAAAAUGUGAUUACUAUAUUGCAAAUACAAUCUCUGCAGAUAUGACGACAUUCGAGGUGUCUCGCGUUGAGAUUUUUUCAGACGUAUCUCGUUGACUCCACUUCGUGUGUCUACGGUCGAUAAUCUCUCGACUUUUCUCUUGCUACAUUUUCAACUCUUUAAUGAGCUCGCAAACAUUGAAAUCUGUGCACGUAUGAUAUUCGAGAGAACUGUGCCAGCCAAGAUUCCAUUAUAAUAAAUAUAAUUUUAUAAAGAAAUAUUUUAUUUCGAUAUUUCUGAAGUUAAAAAUAAUUGGCACAAAAAUCGUGGAUUAAUUCGUAAUUUGUAACGAAAUUUUCUGAAGAAGUGAGAAGGAUAUUUUUCAAAAUUAAUAAUAGAUAACAGGCUGCUUUAUGAUUCAAUAUGUGGUUGCCGGUGAUAUCUAUUUUAUGGACUAUCGUGAAUUUGGUGCAGCGUAAAUUUACGACAAAAAGUGUGAUGUAUUCUACGUUAAACGAAACAACAGGUGAGUGUGAGCAGUUCGUGGGGUGCAACAAGGUGGAAAUCAUCACAGAUUUUGCGCCACGUACCGCACGAAAACACGCAGAGGCUCACAGAGCUCUAGAGCUCCUCGAGGAUUAUCACGCGAAAUUGACGAGGCCUCAGGACAAGCAGCUACGAUUGGCCAUCGAGCGUGUCAUCCGUAUCUUCAAAAGCAGGCUCUUCCAGGCGUUAUUGGGUAAGUGACCACUCCACAACUCUAGCCUAGUACCUUUUCUCUUCUAUGGAAACUUUUAGAAUUACUUUUAGGUAAGUAGAUAUUAAAUAUUAUAUACAGAAUGACCAAAAGCGAGUUACUUAAAUAAUUUUCAAGAAAAAUAUUUGAAACGAAAAAUUGUUCGGUUUAGAGCUAUAUUAUUAGAGCGAUAAAAAGGAAUUUAUUCUUUUUCAAAUAUGAAUUUUUGAAUUUAAACAUUUUCAUGAUCUGAACAUUUUUAAUAAGAUGUUGAAAAAGAAUGGAGUUAAAAAAUAUUUCAAUUUAAAAUUCUGUAUUAUUAAAAUUCGGAAAGAAAAUUUUCUGUUAUUGGAUAUAGUCCCAAAUACAAUCUCUUUUUAAGAAUAUAACUAAGAAAAUAUAUAAAUCGUUCCAAUAAUAGAACAUUCGUAUAAACAAAAGUUUUUUCAUAGUAUUACUAAUAAUAUAUAUAUAUAGUAAGAAUAAAUACAAUAUAGUUUCAACAAUAAGAAAAACGAUUGUAACAAUGGAUUGUAAAAAAUAUAUAAUAAUAUAAGAAUAAAUUAUGAUUAUCAUAAUAAAAAAA